GCACCGCGUCCCCCCCCCCCCUCCCCAAAUUCCCACGCCCCCUCCCCAAAUACCCGGGGCCGGGUUAAAGUUUGGCGAGGGGCUGCGGGGCUCAGCCCACCCCCCCCGUACCCAGCGGGGCCUCCGGGGGUCCCCUCGGGGGUCUGGGGGGGUCCCCGGCGCCCCCCCCGCCCCGGCGAUGCCGUCGGUGAUGGAGAAGCCCUCGGGGAUCCUGUCCCGCAGCCGGGCCAAGGCGGGGGCGGCCGCGGGACCCCCCCCCUCGGAGGACGAGGCCAGCGAGGACGAGCACGCCCACGACAGCAUGAUCCGGGUGGGCGCCGAUUACCAGGCGGUGAUUCCCGACUGCAAACCAGAGAGCCCCGCUCGGUACAGCAACAAGGAGCUGAAGGGGAUGCUGGUCUGGGCCCCCAACCACUGUGUCUCUGAUGCCAAACUGGACAGGUACAUCGCCAUGGCCAAGGACAAGCACGGCUACAACAUCGAGCAGGCCCUGGGGAUGCUGCUGUGGCACAAACACGACGUGGAGAAGUCCUUGGCCGACCUGGCCAACUUCACGCCCUUCCCGGACGAGUGGACGGUGGAGGACAAGGUGCUGUUCGAGCAGGCCUUCAGCUUCCACGGCAAGAGCUUCGCUCGCAUCCAGCAGAUGCUCCCGGACAAGCUCAUUCCCAGCCUGGUCAAGUACUACUAUUCCUGGAAGAAGACCCGAUCCCGCACCAGCGUCAUGGAUCGCCAGGCCCGGCGCCUGCUGGGGCGGCGCGACCGCGACGACAGCAACGAUGAGACCGACGAGCACCGACCCCCCCCCGACGGGGACACGGAGCCCACGGACCCCAAAAAAGAGCCCCCGUGCCCGCGGGCGGGGCCGCGCAAGGAGCCCCAGUACCGGCACCACCCCCCCCUGCGGCAGCGGCGCCGCCCCCCCCGCGGGAUGCGCCUGAGCCGCGAGGACGUGGCCGAGGUGACGGCCAACCCCGACCUGGGGGCGCGAGCCCUGCGCCAGCUCGACUGCCAGCUCGUGGCACUCAAACGGCAGGUGCAGCGGAUCAAGCAGAUCAACAGCGGGCUCAGGCAGGCGCUGGACGGGGGCCUGGAGGGGCUGCGGCCCCCCGAGGGCAACGGCAAGUUCAGCUCCCGCUGGACGACGGACGAGCAGCUGCUGGUGGUGCAGGCCCUGCGCCGUUACGGCCGCGAUUUCCCGGCGGUGGCCGCGGUUCUGGGCAACAAAACGGCCGCUCAGGUUCGGAGCUUCGUGUUGGGGCCCCGGCGCCGCCUCGGCCUCGAGCGGCUCCUGCGGGAGCGGCAGCGCCGGGGGGAGCCCCCUACGGCCCCCCCCGGGGAGGGGGACGAGGAUGAGGAGGUGCAGAUCACAGGGGUCUCCCGCCCGGCCCCGCCCCCUCCGCCCACCUCGGCCCCGCCCCCCAUCGCGGCCGCCCCCCCAUCGCGGCCACCAGCCCCGCCCCCUCUGCUGCGCCCGGCCCCGCCCCCAGCCCCACCCCCUCGGCCCCUCCCGCGGCCGCCGCCUCCCCUGCAGCCGGGCCGGGCCCCGCCCCCUCUGCUCGGCCCCGCCCACAGCACCCGGCCCCGCCCCCCCACCGCUGGACACGCCCCCCCACGCUGA